GUCGGAGUGUGAACUUGAUCUGAAAAGUUCAGUGUUGUUUUUAUUUCGUUCUCUUCAUAUAUACCCUGUAUUUUUCUUUGGAUUCUUUUCAAUCUUGCCAUUCAUUUGCCUCCAAGCGAAGCAGGACAAAGCAUAGACAGCGGUCAAUUAUACCCGUCUCCAAAAGCUGCGUCUUGUUGUCGAAAAAUGAUGCGCGCACCCACAUCAUCAGCUUCAUCGGUGGUGGAACGCCGCGAUAAGCAGGUUUUUGAUGCUCUCGACAAUGGCAACUGGAAGCAGGCACUUCAGCUCCUAGAGAAGAGGCUUAAAAAGGGCGAAAAGGGUGAUUCUCUUUUGGCUCUUCGAGCUCAUGUUCUGCUGUCCUCCCCAUCUUCCCCCUUGAGGGAACAAGGUGCAGCAGAGUUGCGGAAACUAUGCGAAAGAGAUCCGCCCGUUACUGACAUAUCAACCCUGAUAAUGCUGCAAGAAAAUUGUGCCAAGUCUGAAGGCGGGGGUGCAGCAGCAGUCUCAGGGCUGUGGGAACGAGCAAUCAAGUCACGACCUCAUGACGAGGUUCUGCCUCAGGAAUGGUUUCAACGUUCAUUUGACCAAUUCAAUUGGAAGAACGCACAGAAGGCUGCUAUGAUCCUCCAAAAGUCGUUUCCUAAGAAACGCCAUUACUACUUCUGGGCCAUUCUAACCUCGCACCUCGUAAGCAUCUCGGAUGAAGCCACUGAGGCUGAAAAGAAGCUGUUCGGAACCCUUGGAUAUCGGAUGAUAACCAAAGCAGCCUCUGACGUCCCCAAAGAUCCGAAAGCUGUUUUGAGUCCUGGUAGAGCUAUCCAAACUCCUGAAGAGCUUCGCCUCCUCGUUUCCAUUUACCGUCGCCAGGGUGCUCUAAAAGAGCUUGCAGACAUAAUGGCCAGCUCUGAGCUUGGCUCCGGCUCUGCCGUUGCUAAAGGCGACUGGGCUUUCGUGCGAGAGCACAUUCAGAUACUUGAAGACCUUGUCAAAUGGACGGAGGAGUGGGAACUCUGCAAAAAACUACUAGAUUUAGUACGAGGUGAUGUUUCAGACACUGAUCUCUACGGCGACGACUGGAGAGUUUGGGAAGGGCUUUUGUUGUCCUGUGAAAAGCUGGAUGAUUCAAAUAUCAGAAAGGAGACAGAGGAGCUCAUCAAAGCCUUUGCUGGGCGGCCGAAGCCUUCAAGAAACGCGCAGCUCGCUCUCUUACGGUUCAAGUCUAAGAUAUCUGGGGAAGAGCUGUCGGCUGAAAAGGAACCUUCUCCGCUAGUUGAGCUAGCCCUGAGCCACUUUCGUGAAUACUGUGCAAGAUACUACCUCUUCGACGACCUUCGUUGGACUUUUGAGCAAUUCAGCCCAACGGAUCGUAUCAAGUUUCUUCAGUCUGCUUACGAGAUUGUGGAGUCGCGAAGACCGGAGUUGCGAGAUGAACAGAAUGUUUCUAUGGAUGGCAUCACCAUGGAGACAAAUUAUUUAAAGGCCGAAUACUUCCUUGACGUCUCGAACCCCGAAAACGACCAUGCCAGCAGAGAGGGAAGAUUCGAGGCCUUCGUGGACAAGUGCAUCGAAACUUAUAUUAAUUCUCUCUGGCUGAGCGGCCAAUUCUUGUCUACAGACAAUAAACCAGGAGAUGAUGUCCUUGUUCUGGCCGUCAUGGCACUGAUGCGGCUUGCAGACACUGCUCAAGAAGAGGCGAAGAGCAAAGUCUACCUCCUCAAAGCCGCGGCGUUACUAGACUAUUUCCGUUCUCAAUCGAAGCAUAACUACCAAGGCGGCUUACUAGCUGUGCGGCUGUAUAUGCUCAUUGGCUGCACGUCUAUGGCAAUGCAACGAUAUUCGGAUAUGUCCAUCAAACAAAUCCAAAACGACACUCUAUCGCAUAAUAUUUUCACAAGAAUCUCCACCAUCCAUCCUAGCACGGUCAUGACAGGCGCACGUAUUCCAAACUUCAAUGAUCCUUUUCUGGCCAUGGAUCGUGCUCUGGGACUUUACGACAUGGCGCAAUCCGAUGUUCCAGGGUUGAUGAGACUCGCUCUUCAAGAAGGCAGCUAUUGGCAGAUUGAGGGAUUUAUGCAAUUCGACCAGAAGCUUCAGCCCAGCAUUUCCAAGUACAUGCUGGCCAUGGAAAGGCGUCGGAUUUCUCGCCUUCUUUCUUCUCAGAGGCAUGAAGAGGAUGAAGAAAUCUUGAAGGAACCAAACAUGUCAAACCCAUCAGACAACAGAGAUUUUGAAGUCAUGGCGAGCUUCGAAGCCCCCGGGCAACCACGUUUCGAGGAGCGCUUCAGCGUCGGACCUCGCCCUUGUGCCGGAUGGCUGCGUGCCAACAUGAUAUCCGAGAAACUCUUCACCCUCCUCGACUCUUCUAACUCCAUUGCCGAUCCAUGGACACUCAUCAAAGACGAUCCUUUUGCUGAGAAUGCGGAAGCGGAACUUACCUCUUUCGAAGCGGCCUCUUUGAACAUCCAAUGGACGCUGCUCAAGGUUCUUGUCACACUGAAAAGCGGUUCUGGAAAUAACGGUCCCGCUAAGCCCGACUCUCCAAUUGCUCGAGAACUUGGAGAAAUCAAGCAGUGGCUAUCUGAGAAACUCGACAAGCUCCGCACCUCCAGCACCAUCACGGCUCUCGAGAACCUGGGCAUAAAUGGAAACACCAACAAGGCCAAACUUCUUCUCCCUGAUUGGACCUUUUUCCACGAAUCCUUUACUACUCUUGAAGCCAUCAAAGCUAUCCAUUCCUUUGUCCAGUCCACGUCUAAAUCCAAAGCUCUCAAAGCCCAGGUGCCAAAGGACCUUCUUCAAAGCAUCGGCGUGCUCGUCGAGCAGGUCUUUGCCGAAAUCCGCACCCGCGCCAUCAAUCUUCGCAACAGUCUUACAAAUUCAAGUGCGUUGGGAGCUCUAGUCGAAGCUACAUUUGAGCGUCCCGUAUCUGGAGACGCCAACGCGACUGCUUCAGACAACAACACACAAUCGUUCCAGAGCGAAUUCACCGAGUCGUUGCACAAAAUUUAUAAAGACCAGCCUAGAGCUGAGUCGACGCUAUUUGGCAAAGUCAUUGAGAGCUGGAUCGAUGCUUUGGAUGGUGUGCUCUUGAUAAAGCUGACUUGAGAAGGAAUUAGCCUCCUAUUCCGAUAAAACUGCAGACGACAAUGGCCUUAUGGGAUGGAGUAGUCACUAGCACAUAGAUUUCAGCAUAGCCAUGCCUGUGUACAUUUCAACUAUGCGUUCAGAUAGCGUAUGUGCGACACGCGCAUCUUCAAAAAAAAUUUUCGAAUAAAAGCGUUUCAAAAUUUUCCAAUAUGCUCUCUU